AUGCGUUCCCAGAAACAAGUACGUCAUGUUGGAAAAAUACGUUGUCUGAAAAAUGCCGCUGCCGGAAAAUGGAAGACAUAUCGCAAACGUUUAGAAGCCAGAAAAGCAUGGCAAAACAGUGCAAUUCUGACAGGGCACAAACAUGUCAGCAAUACACUUUCUCCACCACGAUCAACAUAUCGAAGAAUCAAAGAGCCGAAGCAGGUACGCUUAACCCUUAUAUACAUACGCUUAAGCUUUCCGUAUACUUUGUUUAAAGCAUGGACACCACAUGUUACUGAUAAAAUCGAUAUUGCUCAUUGUACUGCACCAGGUGAUGUUAAGACAGUAUCAGGUUACAAUGAUAUUCAUCUUAACCGUUAUUAUGCAGGCACAUUUUCUGGAUUGCAGCGAUCUCCGGAGGAACUGGCCGAAAGACAACGUUUGCGAGAACAAAGACGUUUGGAGAAGAAGUUAGCAAAACAAAGAGCAUCAACUUCGACACUUCCAGAAAUUAGAAAAGAAAAAAAACUGAAAGAAGUAUCCAGCAGUGGUUCUCCGAAAAGGAUAUCAGCUGAGCCGAAAAUUGCCGCAAAAACAACUAAAGCUAAAAAUUCGAUGGUAAAAGAAACAGUGAAAGUGAUUCCGAAGUUGGAAAAUGGAUCAAAAUCAAAGCAUCAGUGUUUAAAAGAAGAAAGACCACUAUCAACCGAAGAAGAGAAAAGAAGCCAGUCAUCAUCUCCAGUAAAGCUUGAACAAAAAAAAUUGGUGCAGUCAAAAAAGACAGUAAACGAAGAAAAACAGAGUGAAGUUUAUGCAAGCACAGGAAAAACUGAGCGAAUAAAUAAGGAACAGAAGAAGAAAAAGAGAAGUCGACGACCAGAUCCUGACAGUCUCUCGUCAGAGCAUGAUUUCGUCGAAGGAAACACGCGUGAGAUGGAUUAUGAAGAAACAAAAGCUGAUCUUACGGAGAUAGUGGAGCGACGACAGAAGAAAAAAGGAAGACACCGUGAUGAACAACAACCGAAAUCCGAGGAAUUCACUGGCGAGAUUAAGGAACCAGAAGAGGACAUCUUAGAACAGAUUAUGAAACAAGAAAAGGAUGUUUCAGGAAAGAAAGAGAAUAAAGGAUUGAAUGAGGCUAUGGCAUAUCUCGCAAAGGACCAAAGUUGUGCCUUGGAGAGCACAGGAUUUAAGACUGAAAAGAUAAUGGAUCACAUAAUAUUCAGCAGUGAUAAAAUCCCAGAGGAUUCAGGCAUAUUUUACUUUUAAAUAUUAUCGAAGACAGAAAUGAUUAUGAAAACAUCAAUUCCAGAAGAACUGGAAAUGAACGUGGCAAGGCUAGCGGAAGAACAUCCGAAACUGCUGGGUGUUACAAAUCUCAAUUUCAGUGGUAAUAUUACCGGGGAUGUGACUAUGACAACUUAUACAAAGGGAACAAAAUGUGACGUCGAGGAAAAGAAGGAACCAAUCAUUCUGGUAUCACAAACAAAUGAAGUAAGUCGUAUCCUGCCAACUCGUGAACGGGUCUGCAAACUUCUACCGCGUGACAUCCAGUUUUGUGUACAUAUGAUUGAGAAACAUGGAGAAGACUAUGAGGCAAUGGCAAAAGAUCAAGGCAAUAUUUUCCGUGACUCAGUGAAAGGAAUAUCGCGAAAAAUACGAAUUUUCAAGGAAAGUCCACAAUAUGAGACAUAUUUGAAACAAAAAGCCGAAAAGAAUGGCUC